CUCUUCACUAAGUUACUCUGUGAGAUUGCAAAGCUCCCAUGCUCUUCAGCACCAGCCCGACGCCGCAACUCCAAACAUCAUAAGAACUGCCCUCAAUUAAUUAUUCCGACGAAGAACGAAGAGCAACCUUCUCUACCCGACACCCGCAUCGUCAUCGUUCAAUCGAGCCAUCGCUAACAUGGGCUACGCAUCUCGCGACGCGGCGGACCCGAGCCAAAUCAAGAAGAACAAGCAGUCAAUGGCAGACCUGAAGCUACGCCGUCUCACUGAAUUGAACAAUCGUUUACGAGAGGACCUCGAGCGCGAGCGCAUUCCAGUUUCCCAAGCCGCGAGGAGCAUCAUUGCCUACACUGAUACGACACGCGAUUUCAUGGUUCCAUCCGUUUGGGGACCAGUCGACAAGAAGGACGAUCCAUACACGCCACAACCGACCGGAGGGUGCUGCGUGGUGAUGUGAGGAGGGGAAUACGAAUAAUGGAGGCGUUUUGGCCUGGCGUCAUGAAUUUAGCUGCUCGAUAAUCUGGAGAAAAACAAAGGAAACACAGAAGAGGAAGGCGAGCGAGCGAGCAUGGGAUACCCGAAAGGAUACUGCCCACAAACAAACAAAGAUUUCAUACUACAACGACGGGGGCCCGAGGACAAUUUCUCGUGGCGGAGGGCGUCCAUUUUGCCACCACACUUACGAUUAUGGCUCUUUUUUUACGUCGCUUUCUUGUAACUAUAUAGGGUGGGAAAACCA